AUGCCCAAGAUAUCUGUGUGCAAGGCCUGCCCCGAUGAAUGUGAAUUAGCAUACCAUCUUAGUCUUUUGCGUAUUGAUGACCAUUCAGAGCAACUAGAAGAAGCAUCGCUUGCGCCGGUAUUCACGAGCCACUUGCUUGGUACUUGCCAAAGUUCAUCUGUGUCAAAUCGCACUGAAGCGGCUUCACAGUAUGCAUUACUAGCUGGGGUUACUGAAGCAAAUGGCUUAGAUCCUAAGAUUUAUGAAGACGGUAAAGCUUGGGGGAACGACCCGAGACUGUUUUUUAACGUUUCGUCUCCUUCCAGCACUUUUAUAUGUGGUUCUCAAGGCUCAGGAAAAAGUCAUACACUGUCAUGUAUUUUGGAAGGCUCUCUGAUCUCUUCAAAAGCGGGAAGACUUCCAAAGCCUCUCACAGCCGUUGUAUUCCACUAUGAUACUUUCAUUUCUGACGUUAACGGUUCUCCUUGUGAAGCGGCCUUUCUUGCUUCAAACCCCGACAUUAAGGUCAGAAUUCUUUGUGCUCCUACAAAUCUUCGAACCAUACAGGGAACAUACUCGCGAUUCAAAAGCAUCAAAGUGGAAGCUUUACAAAUAGACCAGUCCGAUCUAAACACCAAGCGUAUGCUAGAUCUAAUGGCUGUUGGUCAAGACAAUGGCCCUCUUCCAUUGUAUAUGCACACUGUCCAGAGGAUUCUUCGGGAAAUGCGACUCGAACAGCAAAAUCUUGGGUCAGGUUUUGAUUAUUCCGGGUUUAAGGGCAGAAUUCUUGAUUCUGGACUGACCACGGGCCAACUUGAGCCAUUGAAGCAACGUCUUGAUACUUUGGAGAGUUUCAUGCCCUCACAGCAAGUCUUUCCGACCACUGGAAAGACGCUCAAAGCGGAAAGAUGGGGCUCUGAUUGGAUGCCACAAUACAUGGACAAUUCUGUUGAAGCACGAUCUUUCACCGAAACUCUCCUCUCCACCGUGAGACUGCAGCGACAUCUUGGGAUCCGCAUUGUGAUCUCCACACAAGAGCCGACUAUAUCGACCGCUCUCCUUGGCCUUUGCUCUGUCACCAUUGUACAUCGUUUCUCAUCCCCGGAUUGGCUUCAUUCUUUGAAGAAACACAUAGCGGGCGUCUCUAUGGGUGAGGGAAUUUGCAGGGAGUCAAGUGCGCAUGAAAUGUCAUUGUUUGAAAAGAUAGUCCGUCUUCGCGUGGGUGAGGCUUUGCUUUUCUCCCCUGGUGCUGUGAUCAGCAUCCCAACAAGAAGCGGCAUGGAAGAUUUAAGUAAGAAAUUAGGACCUGGGUAUCUGGAAGUGAAGAUCCGAAGCAGACUGACUGAAGACGGUGGGAGAAGCGUUAUUUCUUGA